AUGGCGAGAGAGAAGUCGACGAAAGCAGGUGCUCUGGUUGCGGUUGUUCUACCUGAUCUUACUGAGGUUACUCCGGUCUCUGGAUCUCCUCCAGAUCCUUCUAUAGCAGUUGUAUGUGAUACUGUUAUAAAAGAUUUUGAGGUGGUUAAACCCCAGCUUAAUCUUGAAUUUGAUGAUGGUUUUAUUGAUGGAUCCAAGGAGAUUGAAGCUUCAAGGAAUGAAAUGACAAAGAAAUUGAAUGAUCUCUUUUCUAAUAACAGAGGAAGAAAUGAAAAUAGUGUUCUGAAGUAUAUUCCUCCAGCUGUGAAGGAUGGUGUUCGUUAUGUUAGUUUUAACUCUAAUGAGGUUCGCAAAGAGGAAGAUCGUUGGAAGUUCUCCAUUAUUGGGUGUGUCUAUGGGGAUGGUCCUUAUACUUUCGACCAAAAGCCAUUGAUGUUGAAGAAAUGGCAUCCUAGAAUGUCAAUGGACCCAAAUGCUAUUAGCUCUGUACCUGUUUGGAUCCAGUUGCCUGGUCUCCCCUGGGAGUUUUGGUCCUUUGAAAUGCUAAGUAAGAUCGGUAGUUUCUGUGGAACUCCCUUAUACAGUGAUCAGUGUACUCUAAGUAAAGUUAAACUUAAUUUUGCUAGAGUUUUGGUGGAGAUGGAAGUUGCUGGUCCGUUUCCAGAAGUAGUUGAGUUGCAAGAUGAAUGUGGUAAUGUUUUUAAACAAAAGAUUGUGUAUGAAUGGAAACCCCUUUUCUGUGAGAAGUGUUGUAGAAUGGGACACUCUAUUAAGAAUUGUAGAGUUGGGCAGAAUACUAAAAAAGCCAUUGGAACUAUUAAGAGUUUAGAGGUGAAGGAAGGGAUUUCUGAGGAAGUAGAGCAUACAGAUUCUAUUAUUGCAGAAAUUGUGAUAAAUGAUAAACAAGAGAUGAAUCCUAAUGUUGAUGAUAUGACUGUGCAGGGUGGGAGUAAGAUUAACCCUAAGUCAAGAAAAGGUGAAAUCAGUGGGAGAGAUAAGGGGAACUCUUUUAAGGUUCUAGAAAGUGUCUCUGUUUCUGAAUCUAUUGCUAGAGUGAAUAAUUUCAGUAGUAAUAUGAGUUUUGGAUCUGUUGGUGAUGGGAGGAAUGCUAGGCUAAACUCCCGUAUGAUAGAUAUUGAUCGAUGA